AUGAAGAUCUCGCCAUCCUCCAAACUUGUCCUCAACUACCUUGAGAUACCCAAUGGCAUUGGUGGUCGAGGUGGAGCUCUGCGCUUCUUCUUGUUAUCCCAGGGUAUCCCGUUUGAAGAAAAGCUGUUUGCCUUGGGCGAGGAAUGGGAGACGGAAAAGAAGCGUCUGAAGGAAAGCGGUGAGAAUCCUACGGCCAAAACUCCCGUGGUCUUUGUGGAUGGCCAAACGCCACUUCCAGAGCACAUUGCCACGGCCCGAUUGCUGGCACAGGUCCAUGGAUGUGCCUCCACUGACGUCUACAAAAACUACAUUCAAGACUUGGUGGCCGAUGAAUAUCAAGGAUUCCGUGAUACCUGGGUCGAUCAGGUAUUUACUGCGACCGACGAAGAAAAGGCUGCCUACAAGAGUGAAGGCUUGCCCAACCGACUAGCACAGUUUGAUGCCCUUUACUCUAAGUUCAUGACUGAUGAUUUCUAUUUGGGCGUCAGUGAAAAGACCAAGCAACCCUUGUGGGGAGACGCCGCCUGCUUUGGAUUGGUCCGUGACCACAUUGUGACUGGUAUCAUGGUCCGAGACGACCUAAAGAAGUACCCGAAGCUAGAGGCCAUGUUCUCUGCCUAUGAAAAGAUCCCCGCCGUCGCACAGUGGAUUGCUAGUAAAAAUUAA